AGCAACUGCAACAACCUGCCUCCUAGCCGACCAUGAAGACCCUGAUCGUCCUGAGCGUGGUGCUGGCCGUGGCAGUGGCGAAGCCCGGCUACCUGGGCGCUGGACUGCUGGGUGCCGGUCUGGCAGCCCCGGCCAUCGCAGCCGCCCCCAUCGCCGUGCCGGCGAUCCCGCAGCCCCCGGCCAACAUCAUCAUCGGACCCGGCGGAGUGCCCCUGGACACCCCUGAGGUGGCGGCAGCCCGCGGCGCCCACCUGGCCACCGUAGCUCAGACGCGGGCCCGCGACGCCAUCAUCAACUCUGCCGCCAUCCUCGCCGCCCCCGCCGCCAUCGCCGCCCCCGCCGCCAUCGCCGCCGCCCCCGCCUACGCGGUCGGUCCUCCCGCGCUGAUCGGCGGCCUCGCCCCCUCGAUCGCCGCCCUGGGCCCAGCGGUGGCUGGAGCCCCUGGAGCCCUGGCUGCUGCCGCCCACCUGCAGGCCAAGGCUGCCCUGCUGGGCUGAACUGCACUCUACAACAACUUCUAUGUCGACUGAGCACAAAUGAAUAUGUCUUAGAGCUUUAUAUUAGAGCACCACACAGAGGCUACAGAGAUUCAUGUGCAUAGAUAUUUAUAAUUAAAUCUACAAAUUUA